CGGUGUAUUCCUAUUUUCGUAUUUUAUCUGCACCUCAACGCCAUCAUAUGUGUAAAAAAAUCUUAUACUAUACAUGAUUUUAUAUUUCGGUGUAUUUCAUUGCGCUACGAUUUGAUGAUUCAGGGAACAAGAUCCACUGCAGCGGAUCGCGGGCUGUGCCGCCAGCGUCCUUUGCUGAGAUGAAGUUCACCCGGUCCGACGGAUUGGACUUUUACCACGUGUCGAUGUUGGAAGGCUACAACCUGCCAAUCAGGAUGAUGCCCACUAGGUAUUUCACGUACACGAAAAAAGGCAAGUACGACUGCAAGCCGGCCGAGUGUGUGCCCGAUCUGAACAGCGUGUGCCCGUCCGAGCUGGCCGUGAGGGCGGCUGAUGGCUCCAGCGUGGUGGCGUGCCAUAGCGCCUGUUCACAGUUCAACACGGACGCCUACUGCUGCCUAGGUGCCUACAACACGCAGUCGACUUGUAAAAUCAGCUCAUGGCCCAAAAACUAUAAUCCGGCAUUCUUUAAGAAAGCAUGUCCAAACGCCCACAGUCACGCGUUCGACGCCUCGACCAGCUCGUUUACAUGUCGUGGUACCGCGAUAACCAAGUACGACAUCAUAUUUUGCCCAUAUUAAACCUGUUUAUUGUGUAGCUAUAUGUCUAUAUAGGUAUAGGGUAGGUGAUUUAAUACGUUGUUUUUAUAAAUUAUUACAUAUAUUAUAUAUAUGUAUAUGUGUUUAAAUAAAAGUAUAUAUAAAAA